AUGGGCUUCCAUCCAAGACUGAGGUUUGCUCCCUCUCCAACGGGAAAGCUUCAUCUGGGCGGGCUCCGAACCGCCUUGUUUAACUAUUUCUUUGCAAAAAAACAUCACGGACAGCUAUUUUUGCGAAUCGAAGACACAGACAAAGCUAGAAGCGUUGCCGGGGCCGCUUCGUCGUUUAUUUCAAUAUUAAAUUGGACUGGCAUUAAAUUUGAUCCAUAUGUAGACCAUUUAGGAAGAUCCUUUCCGCACAUCUGCCAAUCGUCAAGGCUUGAUCUUUAUCGGUCCCACGCAAAAGUUCUUUUGGACAAAGGAUUUGCCUACAGGUGUUAUUGCCCCAAGGAGCUUAGCCCUGAUGGUCUAACCCCGCCUUCUGCUUAUGGCGGAACAUGCAGAUCCCUUUCUCGAUGUGAGAACCCCAAUUUGUGUGGCAAGCCAUUUGCCAUUAGAUUGAAGGUCGAUCAAUCUUUAUAUGAAGAUGUGCAAAACAAGCUGUUAAAGGCCUCGUUCAGAGAUUUGGUUUAUGGAGAUGCACUUUUUGGAUACUUCAAGCAUGUUCCGGCCGACCCAAUUUUGCUCAAGUCCGAUGGUACCAUGGUAUCGUUACUUGUAGGUUGGCCCACUUAUCAUUUGGCAAACGUAGUUGACGACCAUGAAAUGAAUAUUUCGCAUGUUCUUCGGGGAUCUGUAGGGCCUUAUGCUGAUGUUUUAGGAAUGGCUUGCCUCUACUCCCCUCCAUUUGUACCUCUAUGA